AUGACAUUUUUUACUCAGAUCAUGCUAUCAGCUAAUCCGAAUGAUGGAGAACCAUACCUGCACGUGAUGGCCAGGUCCUCAGUAUAUAAUGCCGGUGUCAAACGAGCGAUUUAUUGCAAGGGACAAAAUCUGCCAGAGUUAAUAGACUGGGUAUCGCCAGCCGGCGACGUGGUAGAAGGCCGCUCCACCAAGAACACACGAGUCUACGUAGAGAGGUCUAAGAAUGAUUCGCUAGUAAGCAGCUUGGUCGCCCUGAUAAUACAAGAGGCUAUGAUUGAAGACAGCGGCAACUGGACUUGUAAGGCUGGUUCAUUGAACGAAACAAUUGAAAUUACUGUUGGUGUGAAAGCCAUAAUUUCGAACAAGUACGAAACAGUCGAGGGCGAAGAAGGAAAAUCGGUCAAGUUCGAUUGUGUCGCGAAAGGUCACCCCGCGCCAGUUGUCCAGUGGUAUACUGAAAAUGAUCCAAUUACUAAUGAUCAUAAAAAAUACAUCAUAAGGGUGAAGGCAGACAAUCACCAGUUGGAAAUAAAGAAUCUGACGCAUCGUGACACCAAUGAGUACGUGUGUAGGGUCACACAGAAGGCGCUCUCCCACUUUUCUGACAAGCGAGUUCAACUAAUUGUCAACCAUAAACCACUUUUGGUGGAUGAAAACAAUGAAGUAUCGUACUCAAAAUACAAGACAGAAGAAGUUUACGCCAUUAUGAAUGAAACUAAAAACAUUACGUGCAGCGUCAUCGCCAACCCUCCACCGACAUUUCGCUGGUACCGUCGGCAGAAUGGCUACGAUGAUGAAGUUAUUACAGAUUCUGAGACGGUUCUGUAUUCAGAAGAUGGUAAUAGCUCUGUGUUCGUUCUAAGAACAUUGGACACAAGCGCUCUAGGUGAAUACAAGUGUUCGGCUAACAACAGUAAGGGUCAUGUCUCCAUCAUCUACCAUGUGUCACUUGGAAAUAAACCGAAUCCACCGGAUUUCAUUGAAUUAGUUGCCAAAUCAAUCAGUGACCUGACAUUUAAUGUAACAUGUUCCACCUGCAACAUGGCUUCAACUGAAGAAGAUAUGUCCGAAGAUCCCGCUAAUCUUACUGUACUGGGCUACUCAUUCGCGCUUGUGCCAGUUCAAGAAGGUUUUCUGCCUGAUUGGGAUGCGGCUACUGAAUUUAUUCUAGACAUUAAAGAAUACAAUGAUACACUUUUCACUGUGGGUCCCCUUAUGAAUACCACGACGUAUCACGCUCGGGUGCGCACGCGCAACGCGGCUGGUUUCUCCGACUGGGUGACUAUAACCCCGAAUCCCACCACAGAUCUCGCCAGUAGACUAACCAUUUCGUCCAUUCUUUUUCUUAUUUACAUCCUAUACCCACUAAUUAAAUAA